AUGGACAAUGUAGGAAGACAAGCAGGAAACUACUAUAACAAAGCAAAUGACUACUAUAACCAAGCAGGGCACUAUAUGGACCAAGGUGAAAGAUUCUUUAACAGAGGAUAUAACCAUGCACAACAGUGGGUAAACAACAACCAACCGCAACCGCCUCAAACGUGGGGAAUGUAA